UGUACGUAACCUCUGAAACUUCGUGCGCAAUGGAGGCUCAUUUUCAAUAAAAUUUUCCUGCAUGUACGUAAUGUGUUUUUGAGAGUUAAAAGUGGAGCAUUUUGUGUGAUAGUGAGACUUUUAUUCUCUGUGAAAGCCAGUGAACAUAUUGCCCUAGAUCUCUACUGGCAUGGAGCUAGGAGCGCACUGAUAGUGAUAGUCUACGAGAUCUUGGUUUCUAUGCAUUGCCUGCCAAAGAAGAACUGAGCCCAAUGUUUCCACACAAUUCUAGUUCACAUGAGAUUUCUACCGAAACAAAUGCCUUCGUACAAAAUUCCAAGGGAGAUGUAGUAGUAUUAGAGGGAAGCAGUCUGAGUGGGGUGGGGGAGGGGAACGGACCAGAGCACGCUAGGUACUGUGAUAUCAAAUCCAUAAACAGCAGCAUGAUGGCAGCACCUACCAGCCACCCCGAAGCUACCGCCGCCAAUGACUUCUUAACCGUCCUGUCGAGCCAUUCUGGUGAGUUCAGCUCAGCCAGCAUCGGCGAGGCCCGCCAGUCAGUGGCGCCAGCAACCACAAAAAACCCAACAAAUCACCUUCUAACCUAUGAUAAUAAUAAUAAAGUAAAUAACCACAACAACAAUGCAGAACAUAAUCAUCACAGAAAGCAAAACACACUGAGCUUGCUUGGUCAGCUGGGCAGCUCUGCCGAUAACUCUAAGUCUACUUGUAAGCCGUUAAGUGAUAAUAAGGAUAGCUUUAGAGAUCUAAGCAUUAGGGUACUAAAGAUAAGUCUAUAUCUAAAUGUUAGGAGGGGUGAUGCGCGCUAUCCCGCUGGGGUACCUAGCCUAGUUAGGAUACCCAAGUCUGAUUACCCCCAGCGGCUGCCGCAUCUCGCUGACUCUGUCGACAAUUACUCCUUACUAGGGUCCCGCCUUUGCACAGGCGACAACAAUAACCUUAAGGCUAAUCUUAGUUUCGUAAGUAAUAAUAACUCCAAGUCUGUGAUAUUGCUCAGCUCAACCAGUUACGGUGAUUAUUAUCUUCUUCUCGACAAGAACAACAAAAACAACAAGAGCCUUGCCGAAGAUUCUUACUUUAUUGACGUCUUGGAAAGCACGAAAUCACUAAACGGUAACCGCUCUCUGAUUAGCGAUCUCGCGCACAUCCGACGAUGCAGUCAACCAACAACAACAACAACAACAACAAGAAACACGGCAAAAAGUGUCUUUGAAUUGCAAUAUUGUUCGAAUGAAAGCACUACUCUCGAGACAAGAUUGUUCCCCGCUUACGCUCAGAAUUUCGCGGCGCAUUCCGCCAGUUCUUCCAUUACGCUUAUCGUUUCCAAAAACGAAAUCACCGACCACGCUCUGCAAUCUUUCCUAGAGAGUCUCACACGAGUCCGAGAAUCAUCUACUUCUCCACUAGGGCACGUCACCGUGACCGAGCUGACGCAACGCAUAUGUGUUCCAUUAUUGAUAGAAUCUAAGCGUUAUGAUAACGACGUUGGUAAUAAUUAUUGUAAUAAUAAUGAUGAUGAUGAUGAUGAUAACAAUAGCGUUAGGUGUAUCGGUGAAGAAAUGAAUAUUAGAAACAAUAAUCCAGAUGUUAUCCAAGACAUUGUUAACGUCGCUGUGUGCUACAAGACUAGUUGUAAAAUGACUACUAAUGUUAGGACAUUAGGGUCUCAAAAUGAUGGUAUUAGCUGUACCGAAGCAACAAUGUUUACUGUUGGUGCUCUUUCAUUUCAGGAUAACGAUAAGUCUAACAAGCCUCUAAACGCUAGCUUUAAGAAUGAUAAGUAUCAAGUGUCUACUAAGGUUGGUCAUGAAUCUAACUCUAAUGUUAAGUCUGUAUCUAAGUCUAGCGAUAAGUCUGAUAUGUCUCGUACCAUUCGGCACGACAAAUACAAUGACAAAGAGGAAAAUUUACUGUCGGCCGUCAACAUUCCUACAUUGACUACCUGCGAGCCUACGAUGACGCUUAAUUGCCAAUCAGCCACCGUCACAUCCCAAACAAUUGCUGUUUCUGUACCUGUUUCUCAAAAUGAGAAUUGCUCGAACGAUGACGAUGACGAUGACGAUGAAAAAAUUUUGACAAAUGUUGACAAUGAUGAUAAUAACAAUAUUGAUACUAGAUCGAUAUCAAAAAUCGACAAUGACAAUUUGAUUUCAAGAAACGAAUCAAAAAUGGACCUUUUAUCACACGCACCCAAUUCUCUUAUCAAAUCACAUGACAAAUCGAAUAACGAAUCAUCUCAAUUGAUCAACUAUAUUCGCACCCUCAUUCCAGCAUAUCAAAAAGCUUACCAAAACGACAAAAACAACUGUGAAAUUGAACGUCAACGACUGAAUGUUGCCUUGAAUACUCUAUUUAGCCGACCGUUGCGUAAAUGUAACGAAAUUCUUAAACCAAUUAUCGAUUAUAAACGACGAUGGGGAAUUCCCGUGAUUUGCCGCUUAAUUGGCGGCGGUGAGAGUUCAUUGAAUACGAGUGGAACUGCUAAUUGGGGAACAUCUCAAGCAACAACGCCGAAUAAUAACAAUGCAACGCAAUCGGGUUGGGGUGGAACGCCCGGCAAUCCACCGGGCAACAGUGGACCGCCAAAUAAUUGGGGUGGAAACAAUGUGAAUCGACCUCAAUCGAUUACUGGCAAUCCAAAUCAAAAUAAUCAAGGCCCACCUGGCAAUCAGAACAAUCAGGGAAAUGUUAAUAAAACGAACAAUGCAAAUCCACCGCAAAACUCACAAACUGGACCGCCGACAUCGCAAUCGAACAACACGGUUCAAGGUGGUAAUCAGAACAACGCCUCGUGGCCGCAAGGGAAACCGAAUAAUCCUGUUGGACCGGGACCGAAUCAAACAACGCAGAACAACAACAGUAAUAAUGUGCCACAACAACAAUCGUCCACGCCCAAUGCCAAUAAUAAUCAAAUUAGUAAUUCUAAUCAAGGACCGGUUGCUGCCACCACGCCAACAACCACCAAUCCAUCGACCAAGCAACAAUUGGAACAACUCAACACCAUGAGGGAGGCACUAUUCAGUCAGGAUGGCUGGGGCUGUCAACAUGUGAAUCAAGACACAAAUUGGGAUGUGCCAACAUCCCCUGAGCCAAGUUUAACCAAAGAUGGCGUGCCAAUGUGGAAACCAGCAGUGAAUAACGGUACUGAUUUAUGGGAAGUAAAUUUGCGCAAUGGUGGACAACCACCCCCUCAACCUCAAGCUAAAACUCCAUGGGGUCAUACACCAUCGACAAAUAUUGGUGGCACAUGGGGCGAGGAUGACGAAGCUGCCGAUUCAUCAAAUAUGUGGACUGGAGCACCUGCACCUAGUCAACCAAAUACUCCACAGUGGCCGGGUGCUACCGGUAAUCAAACCGGUGGAUCCAAUUGGGGCGAUCCAAGAAUUGAUCCACGUGAUCCACGAGAUAUUCGAUCGGUGGAUCCACGUGAAAUGCGUGAUCCACGCGAUCAUCGUAUGUCUCUUGAUCCAAGGGAGCAUAUACGUGUUAUUGAUCCAAUGGCGCGUGAUCCAAGAAUGGCCGAUAUGCGUGGCGAUCCACGUGGUAUUUCAGGACGUCUUAAUGGAGCUGGAACUGACACAAUGUGGGGACAACCACCAGGACCACCGCAUCAUCAAAUGGGCCAUCAGCAUCCGUCCGGUCCACCAACAAAAAUGAUUAAUCCGUCGAGCAUGAAUCAAUGGUCUGGUCCACCACAAAAGGAAAUGAUGCCCGGUGGCAAGCCAUCCGGAUGGGAGGAGCCAUCGCCACCAACUCAACGACGAAGCGUACAGAAUUACGAUGAUGGAACUAGUCUCUGGGGUAAUCCAGGACCUAAUCAACGCACCAUGCCGGGAACCAAAGUUUCUCAUUGGAAGGAUUUGCCAGUUCCGAAUAUUGCACGUGGAGCAAUGCAAUGCCCUCCAGGAAUGCCACAAAAUCGUAUGCCCGGUCAACCAGGCAUGAAACCGGACGUCGGCGGUCCCAUGUGGAGUCAUCCAAGUGGUCCGGGUGGACGAAACGGAUCAUGGGGCGAUGGACCGCACGAGACUGCUGCUUGGGAUGAAACAAAAGGACCCACAACAUGGAAUGAACCACAAUUGAAUCCGGCCUCUUGGGGCGGACCCGCUGCACAUAAACCAAAGCCAAUGGGACCCACUGGAAGCUGGGCCGAUUCUGAUAUGGAACCAACAUCAAGCUGGGGUCAUCCUUCCAAACAAACUCUCACCAAGGAGAUUAUUUGCAAUAGUCGCGAAUUCCGCUCUCUCUGCGAACUUGGCUACAAGAAGGAAGAUGUUGAGGCAGCUUUGAGAAGUCGUGAGAUGAAUCGUGACGAAGCACAAGAACUAUUGAAUCAAGUGCGUCCACUGGAUCAAUGGCGCCGUCAUGAAGCACAUUCUGGUUAUGAGCUUGCUAAUCAAGCAACCUCAGGUCCAAGUUAUCCAAGAUUCAAUCACGUCGCGCAGCAGAUGUCAUUCCCUCCGGGGGCUGGAGUGCCCAGCGGGGCGGCUACUGGCGGCGUAAGUGGUUCUGUGGCCAGCGCCAGUCUUCUCAAGCUACAACAGCAACAACAACAGCAGGCAGCUGUUCAACUCCAGCAACAACAACCCAGUUCCAAUGCACCGCAGCCUCCUUUUAACCAGGCAUCGAGAACGCCACAAAAUCAACCGAGCACUCAACAACUGCGUAUGCUUGUGCAACAAAUCCAACUUGCUGUUCAAGAGGGCUAUCUCAAUCAUCAAAUUCUAAAUCAACCAUUAGCGCCACAAACAUUGAUUCUUUUGAAUCAACUCUUACAACAGAUCAAGGUUCUUCAGCAAUUGCAUCAACAACAGAAUGUACAAAGUUCUGUCAAGGGCAAUAACCAAACACUUCUGCAGAUCAACAUUCAAAUUACAAAGACCAAGCAGCAAAUUGCUAAUCUACAAAAUCAAAUUGCUAUUCAACAAGCAACUUACAUGAAGCAGCAGCAGCAACAACAGCAUCCAGCUGCUCCAUCACAGAGUUCUGAUUAUUACAAAACACCCGUUCACGAUCCCAUCAGCGCUCUGCAGAAUUCCUUCAGUGAUUUGUCAAUGAACAAGGAGCAACCACCAGUUAGUCAACAACAGUCUAGAUUGAACCAGUGGAAAUUGCCCUCGCUUGACAAAGAUGGAGAUUCCGUGGUCAAUGAAUUUUCACGCGCUCCUGGCACUACCAGCAAACCACCGCAAGCACCUGGUGGACUCACUCAGUCACAUUCAAGUCCAAAUAUGAAUCCCCUGUUGGGUCAGAGCGAUGGACCUUGGUCCACGCGACUCGGCGAAAGCGGCUGGCCUGACGCAGGAAACAGCGACUCCACUGAUGGCAAAGACUGGCAACCAGGAGGCGCCGCAUUCACCGAUCUUGUUCCUGAAUUUGAACCUGGCAAACCAUGGAAGGGUACGCAGAUGAAAAGUAUCGAAGACGAUCCUAGUAUCACUCCUGGUUCAGUCGUUCGUUCACCACUCUCCUUGGCUGCCAUCAAGGAUCCUGAUGCAUUAUUUUCAUCGAGCAGCAAAUCAUCUCCACCGCCUCAGUCGGUCAACGCUGAAACUUCCAUUCCAAGCCUCAGUAAUUCGACGUGGAGCUUCAACCCACCUGCAACUACACCCAGUGCAUUUACUAGUGCGAAAAACACAUGGGGUGAAUCGGCACCACCACCAACGGCAGUGACCUCAGAAUUGUGGGGCGCACCAAUGAACAAGGCUCGUGGACCACCACCUGGUUUGAGCAGUAAAGGCAGCAUUGGAAAUGCAAGCAAUGGAUGGAGUGGCUUAAGUUCCGUUGGUCGCUCCGCAAGUUCCUGGGGUCUACAAUCCGGAGGUGGUAACUCUGGAUGGGUCUCCACUUGGCUUCUACUCAAGAAUCUAACACCACAAAUUGAUGGUUCAACACUCAAAACUCUCUGUAUGCAACAUGGACCGGUUCAAGAUUUCCGGCUCUACCUGAAUCAUGGAAUUGCACUCACCAAAUACUCAUCGCGAGAUGAAGCCAUAAAGGCUCAAGGUGCAUUAAACAAUUGUGUCCUCGGCAAUACAACAAUAUUCGCAGAAUCUCCUGGUGACAGUGAAGUUCACACUUUAUUGCAGCAGUUAAGUCACGGCGGUCAACAGCAGACAAGCGCUUCAGGCAAUAGCGGUUGGGGUCUUCGACCAACGAAUAAAACAGCUCAACCACCAGACACUUGGGGCGGCAGUUCCAGUCAAUUGUGGGGCGCUCCACCAUCGAGCAAUUCAUUAUGGAGCAACGCUGGACUUGACAGCAGCGAUCAACAACGAGCAACUCCAAGCUCACUCAAUUCGUACUUGCCCGGAGAUCUUCUGGGAGAUGUGUAUGCUUGAAAAGUAUCAUCUCAUGAGUUGGUCGAAAUUUGAUUUUUUUUGGUAGAAAAUGAGAAAAAAAAACAUCGUAUUCAACGGCGAUCCGGAGAAUCAUAAAAAAAAAUUGCUCAGGAGCUUUUUCUUAAACAAAAAUUUCUCAUUUUUAUGAGCGGCACUUUUUUCAAAACACCUUCUUUGAGGCAUGUGGCACAUAAUCAAAUUGAUCAAAAAAAAAAAAAAAAAAGAAACAAAUUGAAUUCUAAUGAACUGUAUAGCACAGUCAAAGACAUCGAAAGACUGAUGGAUGUUUAGAUUUUAACUCUGAAAAAAAAACCGCAGAACCUCACAGGGAAAUACUUCCUUGACUAAUUAAUGACGAAACUAAAAGACGAGAGAGAGAGAGAGAAGAAGAAGAAGAAGAAAAGAAGAGAGAUUCUAUAGUGAUCGCCGUCAUUAGCGACUUUUUUCAAAAAACAAAUAUACCGAUUCUUCCGUGUGACCAGUCAUUUGUAAAAUUGGACCUGAGCUCUCGACGCAUGACUGUCAAAAAAAGAAAAAAAAAUUUUUUUUUUCCAUUUUCCUUUUAUCGAUACGCGCGAAUGCUCAUGUGGACCUAGUGGACCUUAUACAUACAUAUAUAAAUUUAAGACUGUUUUAAGCCAUAGAACUGAUAUUAACAAUUAUUAUCCAAGUCAAUGAAAGGUGUGGGAAUGGAAAAAAUGGGAAUUCUAUACUUAAACGAAUGUUUAUGAAAGUAUUUAUUUUAUUUACGUAUAUUAGUAAGGCUCGUUUAGAGAAAACAACCGAAUGGGAAGGGAAAAGGGGGUGGGCGGGGGGUGAAGAUUAAAAAAAAGUAGGCUUCUUUAAAUUACGCACAGUGUCUUAAGGCUGGCCACCCUGUGUCUUUUCUUUCUCAAAAAAAAAAAUAUCCAGCACACACACACAUAAACAUACACUAAUUUAUUCCUGUAAAACUCAUCUAAUUCUUUUUUUUGCUAAUAUUAUUAGGAAAGUGAAAAAAAAAUCCUUAUUGCUAAUAUUAUUAGGAAAGUGAAAAAAUUCUUAUUAGAAAAAAAAAACAUUCUUAGGACAGGAAAAAAAUACACAUGGAACUCUGAAUCAGUAAAAUUAAUUCACGCUGUUUAAAAAUGAAAAAAAAACCAAACUAUAAUUUAUUCUAGCUUGUAAUCCGUAAAAAAAAAUCUGCACCCUAGUGCCAUUGAAAGGAUUCCAUCCACCAAAGAUCAAUUUUUAGUCUUGCUUUUCUGUUUUAUUCGAUACUUUCUCUUUUUUUUUAAUGGGGAAAAAAAGGAUUUCAAGUGGAAUAAUUAAAAAAAACAAAGGCUUGAAAUUAAUUUUAAUGUCUCAGAGAAUCCUUUCUACCUUGUUUCGUGCAAUCAUAGAAUUAGUUAGAUUUUAAGAGAAGAAAAUAGAGCCUUCUGGGCAGGGACGGUUUCAAUAAAUAAAAAAAUAUAUUUGUAGGAAAAAUUUACUUAGUUUUGAAAAAUGAGAAUGUAAAAAUAUUUUUUUUUUGGAAAAAUUUCUCCUCGUGCUCGGAAGACAAGAAGUUUUCGUUUAGUCUGAUGUCCGUACAAACUGAUAAUGUUCCUUCUUUUAUUAAUAUUUUUUUCGAUAAUUAUAUAUACAUAUAUAUGAAUAUAUAUUUAUAUGUAAAAAAUUAUUCUCGUUACUCGACUGCUGUUAUCCUCAUAUCGACAAAAUCCUCUCCGAAAAAAAUUAAAUGAAAAAAACAUUUUUUAAAUUGUAAAGAAAAGAAAUCAUCGACUCGAAGUUCGCUCUCUAGCAAGUCGAGAAAUGAGGUGACUAGUCGUGAUUGCUUAGUUAUUAUUAUUAUUAUUAUUAAUUAUUACUAUUAUUAUUAUUAUAUUAUUUUUAUUAAUAUUAAUAUUAUUACUAUAUUUAUUAUUAUCGUAUUAUUAAUUAAUUUUAAACGCUCUCCUCUGCUCGGCUUAAUUUUAUUCAUGAGCCUCUUCUUGUCGACCGAGCGAAAAUUAGUAGAAAAAAAAUUCCGUUUUUAGUGAUUUUUCAACUGUUUGAACUGAAAGUAAGAAAAAAAAGUGUUUAAAAUAAUUUCUCUCGAAUUCUUCUCAAAAUAUGGGAAAAAAAUUGUUUUAAUCAUUUUUUUUUGCGAUUUUAAAUCCCGAAAAAAUUUUUAAAUAAUUUUAUCUGGAAAGAAAACCCUGCUCGACGAUCUCUACUGGGAACAGUUGAAAAUCGCCAACGAGGUAUUAGAUACACACUCCAAAAACCUCAACGCAAGGCCUUAAUAUACUUAUCAUAGUCGUAUUAAAUGAAAUAUGGAUGCAUAUUACGUAAAAA